AUGGUAAUAAAAAUCGGUAAAAGCAAGACAAUUCCGUUAAUAAAAAUCGGUAAAAGCAAGACAAUUCCGUUAAUAAAAAUCGGUAAAAGCAAGACAAUUCCGUUAAUAAAAAUCGGUAAAAGCAAGACAAUUCCGUUAAUAAAAAUCGGUAAAAGCAAGACCAUUCCGUUAAUAAAAAUCGGUAAAAGCAAGACAAUUCCGUUAAUAAAAAUCGGUAAAAGCAAGACCAUUCCGUUAAUAAAAAUCGGUAAAAGCAAGACAAUUCCGUUAAUAAAAAUCGGUAAAAGCAAGACCAUUCCGUUAAUAAAAAUCGGUAAAAGCAAGACCAUUCCGUUAAUAAAAAUCGGUAAAAGCAAGACCAUUCCGUUAAUAAAAAUCGGUAAAAGCAAGACCAUUCCGUUAAUAAAAAUCUCGUCCAAAGUAUGA